AUGGCUGUCGUCAACGAGGCUCGUGGUGAAGCCCGAUAUGUUGUUCGGGAAGCGCGGGAAGAGUGGCCUUGUUGCUCUCAAUUUGGAUAUGGCUCAGGUCGCCGAGUUUGUGAAGCAGCGUCUUGGCAAGAAGCCUUCUUUGCAGAACUAGAGAGUGAACUUCAUUUCCUCGUCACCAUGAGAGCCAAGUGGGAAGAAGAGCAUGAGGAGGUUGAAGAGGAAGAGCCGAAAGAUGAGACAGAGAUCCAAGUAGUUUUGCCGCCAUCCACCAUCAUCGACGUCGUCUCCCACCUGAUUCCCAUGUUUGUUUUCUAA